AAUAUAAAAAUAUUGAUUAAAGAACGGAUUAUACGCGUACACAGCCUGUUUACAUGCAUUAAAUAUACACAAUUCAAAACAAUCUUUAAAUACCUUGUGUAUUUAUUGAAAAAAGUAAUGUACACAUAUAAACACCAUUAUACAUGUGAUACGAACGCAUUUGUGAUCGAUUGUUUCAUAUAGAGGUUAUACCUAUACCCACAAACAAUUGGUCAUUGCUUUUGAUAUCAUGAAUGUUAACCACCUUCCACCAGAAGUGCUGACGAAUGUAUUUUCAUGCUUAACCAAACUUGAUUUACUAAGAAAUACAAGUCAAGUUUGUAGCUAUUGGAAUGGAGUUGCUCUGUGUAGUGAUUUGUGGAUAAUUCUUAAUUUAAUUAAAUUCAGUGAUGAGGAUUUUGAUCUAUGCUUUCAACAUUUUCCCCGCAUCGGACAAUUUGUUCAAAACCUGUUGAUUAAAAGUGAUCAUCUUAUGAAGUUGUUCAGCAACGGUAAUAAUUACGAUCUUCCAAAUAUUGCAAAUCUGCAAAUUAUCAAUUAUCUUCCUGGUAAGGAGAGAGAUGUCUGUCUAAAUAUAGUCCAUUCAUAUCCGAAAUUAGCAUCAAUCAGACUGCGAAUAUUUCGUUCCGCAGACUUUGUCGGGUGCUUAACAGUGUUCAACAAGAUUCAGUUCCGAGACUUUGACAUAUCUAUAUCCAAAGGGGCAAAUGGAGCAAUAUUAAACCAGUGCUUAGAUCAGUUCAUUUCAAAGCAGAAUAAUUUAAGAAGUUUAUCUAUACAGUCGUCAGAUCUACAAAAUCAGACAAUAUGCAAGACAUUACGACAUGCUACACAGCUGAAUGACUUAGUUUUAAGUAAUUGCACAGGUAUUGACAGUCAGUCUUUUGAUGGUUUAAUCAAUCCUUGUCAUUUGACAUCAAUUGACCUUACAAGUACAAAUGUUGACGACGAUGGAAUUAACAAUAUUGCUUCAACAGCAAAAAAUCUUAAAACAUUACAUAUUUUGUUUUGUACCAAACUUUCCGACGUUGGAGUUAAAUAUAUCGCGGAACACUGUUCAAGACUAGAAAAUUUACAAAUUUAUAAUAUUCCAGCAGUUGGUACUGGUAUUCAGUUGUAUCCUGAAACCCUCAAAAUACUCGGGUCAGGGUGUAGUCAAUUAAAACAUUUUAGUAUGGUCAACUGUCCAAAAUUAGAUGAUACCGGUAUAAGAAAUCUAGUUGAAAACUGUACUGAUUUGAAGUUUCUUGAAAUACAAAGCGAAUGUUUUUCCAACAAUGGGCUAAUGGCUGUAUCAGAAUGUUGUAAAUGUCUGUUUCAUAUCGAUAUAAUUGGACUGAACUUUGACGUUACCACUAUUGAACAUUUGCUACUAAAUCAUCGACAUUUACAAUUUGUUUCCAUCAACAGAUGUGAAAAUCUCAAUAGGCUCAACUUGAUAAAAAAUCAACAAACAUUAUGUUUUGUAGAAAAACGACGUUCUCUCAUUGAAAAACAUAGUCAUGUGAAAAAAAUAGAAUUUCUAAAUUCGGACAUGAAUGGCACAAGUCUAGAGCAACUUGUUACGUUUUGUCCAGACUUGAGGAGCAUCAGUUGUUCAGGGAAUGAAAUGUUGGACCAAAAGGAGGAAAUAGAAAACGUUUUUAGGAAAAGUCGGUUCUUAAAGAAAAUUAAUAUGGAUGGACAUGUUUGUCAGCGCAAGGAUUUUAUAUAUAGACGGAAGUAAAGUAAAAAUGCGAUGUAAAGACACGAAUUUGAUCUUUGCUUCAUAAAAUGAACUGCUCUUCAUCGUUAUAUGAUACAUUCGAUGCAACCAAAGUGUUCAUUUGAUACUUUCAAAGCAACCAAAGUGUUCCUUUGAUACCAUUUGUAAAACCUGUUCAUCGUAUUACAACAUUUGCUCGGACGAAUAUACAGUUAUCUAUAAAAAGGUUUCCAUGGGGAUAUGUCGACUUCAUAUGUGCAAAUGGCUCUGAACGUCUUCCUUUUUUCCCGUUUUAACUUGUCAAAAUUAAAUCUAAGGGUCCUAAUGGGCAACACCAGAGAUGUAAACUUAGCAAUAGUACUAUAUACUUUGAUUUGUACAUGCAGUAUAUAUAUAAUAGUUAAAAUAUGUAUUAUAGAUAACUUUAACCAGUAACUUUAAAUCUUUGUUUAUAAUUUUCUGAUUUAUGUAUUUCAUGUACACCAAAUCUCUAUAAUAGAGGAAAUAAAGUUAUAUGCUUUGAUUUGUACAUGCAGUAUAGAGUUAAAAAUAACUUUUACUCAACCUCGUGGACAAAAGCGUUAGAAACGAUCUCAGUUGAUGACUAUUCAUUUGCAGUCUCACAAUUUUUAUGGUCUGUUCAAAUGCCGUCACUACCAGCGACCAAAGAUAUCGAGCUCUACUAUCAGACUAUUAUAGAUGCUAUUCAAAAAGCUGACAAGGAAAAACUCCCGCAAGAGCAAUUUGUGAAACAUAUUAAGCCUUAUUGGACGAAAGUCGUAGAUUUAUCACACAAAACAAUGCUAAAUAAGCGCAGUUUAUUGAUACUGAACGGAGAAGUACACGAUAGAGGCGAUCAAUUCUUUGCUGAUUACAAACAUGCAAAUCGGACUUUCAGAAAAUAAAUGGAUAAAGCUUACAAACGAACAUAUUAUGAACAUUGCCAACAGAAUGGAAGAGUCUAUCGACAACGAUCAAAGAUAUGUAUGGUUGGUCUUAAAAAGCAGACGUAAACAGAAAACCUUUCGUCGUGAACUAAAUUUAAAUGGAAUAAUUGAUACAAACGAAAGUGAAAUAUGCGUGCGAAGCAUGGGCUUCGCGGACAAUUUUGAAUCCAUUUUUCAGUUUGAGGAUAGCAAGUUAACAAACUCAGCAAACAUAUAUUUGGUAAAACAUAAAGGGAAUAAAAAAAACGGCAAGCGCAAAAGAAAAUUAAAGCUCCAAUCAACCCAUUUGAGUUUGAAGAAAUUUUCAACAUGUGUAAAAGUUUAUGUAACAACAAAUCUACAGGUUUAGACAACGUUUCCUAUGAGCAUGUAAAAUAUGAUGGUAAAACAUUGCAAAAUCACUUAUGUAAUAUAUUCAACCUAAUAAAACAAACACGUUAUACUCCUCUAGAUUGGAAAACAAGUGUAAUUAUACCGUUAUUCAAAGGUGGAAAUAAAAACAAAACUGAUCACAAUUCGUACUGCGGUAUAUCGUUAACAAGUUGUAUCACCAAUAUAUUCGAAAAGUCUUCUCAUCCUUGAUUCUCGACUCCUUGCACAUAAAGUUUCCACAUCAAUCUCAGAUGGCAUACCAAAAGGAAUUAUCAAGUAUUCACGCUUCAUUUAGCUUACAAGAACCGAUUCGUCAUUAUAUUGAACGUAACAGCGAUGUUAUAGUUGUGCAGUUAGAUAGCACGAAAGCUUUCGACACCGUAUUGUAUGAUGCAUUGUUAUAUAAACUGCAUAACUAUGGAGUUACCGGUGAUUUAUGGCUGCUCAUAGAUGAAAUAUACAGUGACAUGCGCAGUUCUGUACUGUUCAAAGGUAUGAUAUCUCUUUGGUUUGAACUGAAACGAGGCGUUCGCCAUGUUGGCGUCUUAUCAGCUCUGUUAUAUUUAUAAUAUAUAAACGAUCUUUUGUGCGACAUUAAAGACUCUAAAUGGGGAUCCGUUCUUCUAGAUAUUAAUGUAAGCAGCUUUGUUCAAGCCGACAACAUUGUGUUACGUUUUAUAACAGAAAAAGGAACGUAACACCUCAUUAACAUUUGUCCGACAUAUAGCAAGAAGUAGGCAUUCAAGUUUUCUCCGACUAAAAGCAACUUCUUACACUAUUCAAAGAAGAACAAGAGUGUUUCAAGCAAUCUUACUUUAUAGGAUGACAUCAUACCAAUCGUGACGUCUGCCAAACAUGUCGGCAUUCUUCUGAACUAUAAAUUUAGAUCAAUGGACCAGGCAUUGAAUGCUUGUGGAGUGUUGAGAUCAAUUGCUCUUUCAGUUCUAAAUUCUUAUGCAUCCAUCAAUUUAAAACCCUUUGACGUGUUCCAAGAUAAUACUUCAAAUAUGUUACAGCAAAACUCUAUAUGUUUGUGAGUUAUGGAACAAUUUGACUCAAACAGAACUUACGAUGUUAGUAAGAUCUCACAGAUUUGUGUGUAAAAUUAUCUAAGGACUUCCUAAACGAACCCGUUUUGACAAGUGUACAAGUCUUCUAGGUUGGUUUUCAGUUGAAAGCAGUAAAACUUUUAUUUUUUUGGUAGACUAUGUAGGUUAAAGUCUUCUGCGUUACCAAAACGAAUAAUGAUAAGCAGACUUAUGGAAUUCAAACAUAAAUGCGUUCCAGAACAACUUGGUUUUAUAACUGACAUCUAUAAAGCAGCCGAAAAAUAUAACAUUACAGAUUAUAUUGUUAAUUUUUCAAAUACUGGUUCUUUCUGAUAAAGUUAUUGUAAAUCAGACUAUAAAUGCAAGUGAAGAAACAUGGUGGUCUUACCGAAUUUCAUGCGAUGACUUUUAUAUGUUUACACAUAUUCAUUCUGCAAUCAAACCACAUAAAGUAUGGACAAUUUCGAAACAGUUUCCCGAACUUCGUGUCUCCGCCAAAUAUGUUAUUGACUUAUGUUCUGUAGUACGUUAAGAAGAUGAACAUUUACUCUGCGACAAAUGUGGAAAGUUCUUCUUCAAUAUUGUUGAACUCUUACUGGUAUCCUGUGAUUUUAUAAAAGAGAUAAUCUAUGGCAAGACAAUAUCAACAUUAAUCCCAUUCAGUUUAGUGUUUUUAUGGACAGUCUUUCGGCACAUGAAUUCACAACAACAAUUCUCUCUUGCAAUACGUCAUAUGAAUGAGAAAAUGAUGAAUUAACCUUUUUCUCUAUUAAAGACUUGUGUUCGUCACGUUGAAAAAAUCUGCAGAGAUUUCUACAAUCGAUAGAAGAUGUGUCCGUUAUCGAUAUCGUUGACAGUGCUCAUGUUUUCUUAUAUUAACUUUAACCAGUAACUUUAAUUCUUUGUUUUUAAUUUUCUGAUUUAUAUAUUUCAUGUACACCAAAUCUCUUUAAUAGAGGAAAUAAAGUUAGAUAUGUUAGCAGCAAUAAGUGAAAUUAGGCAUUAAGCUUAAAUCCUAGACAAUAAGCUAACGCCUAAGCAGUAAGUCUAUUGCCUAAAUGAUGUUAGGCAUUAGUCCUAAAUCCUAGGAUUUAAGCUUAAAUCCUGAAAAAUGUGUGCAGGCAUUAAGCUUUAUGCCUUAAAUAUAAAUGCGAGUAAAUGAAAGACAUUCAUUCAUUUAAAAAAAAAUAUAUUUGUUUCAUAAUAAAUUUAUGAGAACUGAGGCCUGUUUAUCGAAACUGUACAAGGAUCGGUCCUAUAAGAUAUUUUUAGGGCAGAACUUAUAAUAAAAUUAUGACCGACUUACGACAUGUCUCAGCAUGCACAUCGAAGCUAUCAUAGGAUUAUCUUAGCUAGAAUGUCCUAACCGCUGUCCUACGCAUUAGCGUAACAGAAAAUAGCAAAUGAAAAAAAA